AUGGAAGAAAUGGAAAACGAGAACGAAGUGCUUCGUGAUCAAAUGAAUGAACACCAGGAAAGGGUUGACAAGAUACCCGGCGCCCCUAAGCUGCUGCCGAAAUGCGAUGUGGGAAGGUUUGUUGAGCAGCCAUAUAGUGAGGAAGCUUCUCCCUACCCCAUCCCGAAAACUUUUAAAAUGCCACCGUACUUGAAAAUAUACGACGGGACCACGAAUCCAGAAGAUCAUUUGAUUCAUUACGUCACCGCGGUAAAAGGCAACGACUUGUUAAAAGAUCAAGUGCCAUCCGUGCUGUUGAAAAAGUUUGGUGAGACUUUGACAGGAGGGGCGUUGACAUGGUAUUCUCAGCUACCAGCACGGUCGAUAUCAACAUUCGAGGAGAUGGCGGAUAAAUUCGCUACCGCUCAUGCAGGAGCAAAGAAGGCUGAAGCUAGGGUCAACGACAUCUUCGCCAUCAGGCAAACGGCGGGCGAAGGACUUCGGGACUUUCUGGCACGGUUCAACAGGGUAAGAAUGGGACUGCCGAAUGUGUCAGAAGGAAUGUCUGUCGCAGCCUUCCAAAAUAGGCUAAGCAGAAGCGGGUCGAAGGCAACCAAGAAGUUACUCAACAGACUCAUGAAGUACCUUCCCACCACAUGGGAGGAAAUCCAUAAUGCCUACUACGCUGAAGUAAGAGCAGAUGAAGACGAUCUCAACCGUCCAACCCAGCGCCUAACGUCGGUACAGUUCAAGGAUAGGAAGGAUCGACGUAACGACGGACGAAGGGAUCAACUCGCACGCUUCAAUAGGGAAAGGCAUCAGCCCUAUGUCAGAACUCCUAAUCCACCUCCCCCAAGGCAUACAGAUGUUGUAUCGUGA